AAGUAAUCAUAACCCAUUCCGACCUAAAAAGGUAAAAGCGUAAGCUUUCAAGUUUUAAAGCGCGAUUUUGACUGCAUUGGUUGCACCAAUUGACAAGUUUGAUAAUAGAAAAUGAGAAAGGAGGUUGAGCAGUUGCAGUCGACUUCUCCGUCGAUUUCCAAUUCUCUUCAACAUUGAAGGCGGCGAGCUGGGGGUGACAACAAGCCGAAUCCUGAAACAGUUCAAUGGCGAGUCGGAUUCUGAAACAGUUCCAUGGCGAGUGAGAUGCUUGGUAAAGGAAGAAAUAGGGUUUUGCAUAUAUUCGUCUAUUGUAUUUCGCGAAAAGGGGAUUGAGCUCAACGAUUGUAUAGACUGGACUUUGCUCUUCCACGUUGGGAUUUCGGCGCGUCUCUUAUUUGAUAGUGAAGGUAUUGAGCAUCGGCGACGGCAAUGCUGAUCCAGCUUCUGAAAUAGGGCGACAACAACGCUGUAAGAAGAAAGAAAGAACGGUUUCGCCUGCAUAGAGCCUCACAUAGAACGGUCGCCGCCAUUACCUCUCUCUAUUGCCCUGAACCCUCUCUCCCUUUUCCCCUGCAUAGAGCCUCACAGUACACUACUGCCUCUCCCUCUUCCCAUCGAUAGCAAACGAAGACCGCUGACCUACCUCGAUCGUAUCUCCGCCUGACCUGAGCAUCUCCUACGACCAUACCUCAACGGUCGCAACUACGAGGAGAAGAAGCGCAAGUGUCCUUUCUAGCAUUCGCAACCUCAACCUCCUCCACCGCAGCAUCACUAGUCACCACCGAGUCUCUCCAUUCCUCUUACAACACACACUGAGUCUUCUUCUUGUUGUUAGAAUAUGACUUGAAUUUGAUUUGGGUUUGUUUUGUGUUUGGGCUUUGUUUGACCUUUUCCUUGUAUGUUUAGGAAAAGAUGUUUGGUUUUCUGUUUGGGAUUAGGAGAAGAGUUCUAUAAAUACUCUUCAUCACUCUAGUCUUUAGUAAGGUCAGUCAGGUUAGUUUGUUUGGUUUGUCCGUUUGGAAUUUGGUUUGAAACCUGUACUCUCCUCAAAUCAGUGAAAUUUGUGCCCCAUGCCCGUGGAUUAGCUAGCACACAUUGUGUUAGUGAACCAAGUUAAAUUUGUGUUCGUUCGUGUUGGUUUGGUUAUCGAUUGCACGCUUCUGUUCUGACAAGUGGUAUCAGAGCCUUUGGUUGCGGUUUUGGGAAUUUGGCGCUGGACUGAAGUUUUGCUUUGUGGAGUUUGGUUGGAGUUUGUUGGAUAGUAAGAAUGGUUGCUAUCAGUAUGAAGAUUGAGAAGUUUAUCGGAAGAAACAGUUUCAGUUUGUGGCAGAUCAAGAUGCAAGCACUGUUGAAACAAUAGGGUUUGUGGGCUCCAUUGUCUGGAAAAUCGAAGAAGGAAAGUAUAGAUGAAGAAGAGUGGAUUACUUUGGAGGAGAAAGCUCACUCUACAAUCUUGCUUUGUUUAGCUGAUGACAUCAUCACUGAGGUUGUUGCUGAGAAGACUGCCGCGGGUUUGUGGUUGAAGCUUGAAAGUCUAUACAUGACAAAGUCUUCAACCAACAAUGACUAAGAAUCUGAUAUAUUUGAGUCUACUCGACAGCAAGGGUUUCAGCUUCAAAGGUGAAGGUGGAGUGUUGUUUGUCUACAAAGGUUCUAAGGUGAUUUUGAAGGGUGUCAAGCGUGGUGCCUUGUAUAAUCUACAAGGUUCUGUUUUGACAUGUUUUGUUGGUGAUAAGUGCACCAAGCUAGUUUUGAAUGGCAAGUCUGAGCAUGGGUUGGACUUGCCAAAUGGUUUGAGUUAUUGACUGCCCUUAGGGGCAUUUGGAGGCAGGGGAGAUUCUGGUACAUCUGAUUUGGAGAAGUUUGGUACGUCUGACAAUUUUGAUUGCAUCUGAGUUUGGCGACUUGCAUCGCGUUUGGUCUGGCGAUAUGAAUCGCAUUUGGAUAUGUCUGGAAAUCUUGAUCGCGUUUGAGUCUGGCGAUAUGUAUCGCGUUUGGGUACAUCUGGCAACUUUGGUUGCAUCUGGUACAUCUGGCAACUUUGGUUGCGUCUGGUACAUCUGGUAUUUGAGAGAGAAUUCAAGUCAAGGUGGAGAUUGUUAGAAUAUGACUUGAAUUUGAUUUGGGUUUGUUUUGUGUUUGGGCCUAUUUAGUUUGGGUUUGUGUUUGGGCUUUGUUUGACCUUUUCCUUGUAUGUUUGGGAAAACGUGUUUGGUUUUCUGUUUGGGAUUAGGAGAAGAGUUCUAUAAAUACUCUUCAUCACCCUAGUCUGUAGUAAGGUCAGUCAGGUUAGUUUGUUUAGUUUGUCCGUUUGGAAUUUGGUUUGUAACUUGUACUCUCCUCAAAUCAGUGAAAUUUGUGCCCCCUGCCCGUGGAUUAGCUAGCACACAUUGUGUUAGUGAACCACGUUAAAUUUUUGUUCGUUCGUGUUGGUUUGGAUUAUCGAUUACACGCUUCUAUUCUGACACUUGCAUUAACCAGUUAGUAUGCCUAUCAGUUCUACAAUUUUAUUCAAAAUUCGAUUUCUAUGAUUUCAAAGUUUGAGAAAUUGGGGAUGUCAUAGAUUUUACAAAUUUAUGUAGGGGUAUUGAAAUUCAAUGCUCGUUUUAGGUUUAUGAACAUUUUUUUGUGGAGUCGGGGCUUUGGGAUUGAAAUUUCAUGCUUCCUUAGCUUUGUACUUUUGUUAUGUGUUGUUGGGAUUGAAAUUAACACUUUGUUCUGUGCUACUGAGAUUUCUAGGGUUCUUUUGGCAAAAGAGACAAUGCUAAGUGUAUAUUUUUAUUUCUCUUCUUCCUCCUUCGCGUUAUUGUUGCUUAAUUUGGGGUUAACACAUAAUGCUGAAGGAUGUGGUUUAUAAAUAUAUAUGUGUGUUUGCAAAUUAAAAUGGAUUGAAUCAAUUCCAUUACUUAGAGGGUUGGGUUGAAUUCAACUUUAUUUUCGCUCCAAUGUUUCUCACUUACUUUAUCACUAAAUGACUUAAAGUUAGUAAGAGCAUGAUCAAGAGUUAGCAGCUAGCAACAUUAGUUAGUAGCAGUAGUAGUGAACAACAACAUCAAGAGUUAGUAAUAGUAGUACAAGUUAGCAGCACCAUUAGGAGGUAGAAGUAGUAGCCAUUAGUAUAAUAGUAGUUGCUAUGAACUGUAAUUCGGUGAUGUGAAAUAAUUCAGUGAUAUGUAGUUGAACAUGACAGACAUUCCCUUUUGUGCAAUUGCUAUGAGCUGUAAUUUGGUGGUCUUGGACUUGUUAGGCUGGAAGAAGGUUGGGGUUUGUUUUCAACUUUUAUAUACACAAUCCAUUUCCCUUCCAUUCCUUAUUCAUCUGGAUCCCUUUUCUCGCAACCAAAUUUGCCUCAUAGUUCCUCUAAUUUUCUCAGCACUGCAUGAUUUCCCAACCUAAUUAUUUUUUCUAUGGAUUCUACCUCAAACCCUAUUGAUACUCUGUUAAUUUGUGUAAUCUGUUCUAGAACAAAUUUUGCUAGGUACAAUCUAUUUUGUAGCUUCGUGAAACAUCCUUUGUAUGAUUUGACCCCUAUGUGAAGCAUCCUUGUGUUAGGUAUAGAGUAGAUUUUGUUGGGAACAAUCUAUUCCUUCUCUGCUUACAGUUAGCUCCUCUGCCAGCAAAUGUAUGAAUCAAGAACAUGAACUACU